GUACACCCAGUAUAAUCACUGCAAACCUCAUUCAAUUAAAACAUGACCGAUGUUACAGACGACUGGAUUGUCGCUGACAACGAAGACGAAGAUGAUUUACGACCUCUACAAAUUGCUGAUCAAAGCAGCCCCUUGAGCGGAACUCCGUUUCUACAGGCCCGGAAAACAUACUACAGCCGUCAACAAUUCACACUGCUUCGUUCAUUACCAGUCAAGCACAGACUCCCCAGCGAGGACGCCAGCCUCUCGGCACAAGCUACCAAGACUCUGAACUACCAAAUUCUUCUCCGUUACUUCCUCGUGGCGCUGGAAUACCUAUAUCGAAGUCUAAACCGCGCCCACGUCCUGUGCCACGAAAACGAUGAACUUCGUUCCUCUGGCUCACUCAUCGGCUCUGCAUCUGCAAUCCAAUCCAGUGCCUUAGCUGCAGACAGCAUCCGCCCUCCAACCACACCAUCUGCAGUUUCAGAUCUCAUCGAUGAAGUCGAUCCUGUGUUUAGCAUUGCCGACCGAGCCAAGACGCGCACUCGAAAGACUCGGGUCAAGAAGCCGACUUACGUGCCUGUCAACCAUGAUGUGAUAGAGUUAACUUCCGACUCCGAUCUCGACGAACUAUCACUCAAGCCUCCACGGAAGCGGCAGAAAUCCCAAGACAAGCCCGUCAAGCCCAAGCCCAGACCCAGGCCUAAACCGAAGCCUCAAGCUAGGAUAUCGCCUUCACUCAAGGUUCCUGAAGAAAGCAUCGUCGAUACUCAGCCGCGUAACACUGUGGUUCUUCCUGCACCGCAAGAGCCAGUGCUUCCGUCUCAACUAUCUUUUACAACAUCGCGCCUCCCGUCUUCUAUUCCUGCUUUACCCGAUCUGUCUUCUCCGCCCUCUUCUCCACCCCAGAUAACUCAUAAACGGAAGAAGGUUUCCCCGCUUCAACGUCCCCGAUACUUCGUCGUCCCAGAAAUCGACAAUUCGCACACACUCGAAGACGAAAAUAGGGACGCAGACAUCGUUACUGCGAGCAAGGGCAAUAAAAAGGACACAAAGUUGUCUUCUCGGGCGAAAAGGAAGACAAAAGGUCGGAAGCAGGCUGACAGAGUCGAACCCGACAUCUUGCGCACAAAUCCCCCACGGAUGAGCCAGCUGCAGGAAGAGGAACCGAAAGUUACAUCGAAGAAGAAGGCACUAUCGAAACCCACCUCCGCUGCAAAAUCGAAAUCGAAACCCAAGGCAAAAGGCAAAAGGAAAGCGGUUCUCUCGGAAAGUGAACAUGAGGACGACGGCAACGAUCCUCCUGGUUCAAAGCUCCCUAACCAAAGCAACCAUUUGCCCGAGGACAAAGACUCUCGAGACGACGGUUCCAAGGAUUCUGAAACCAUUGUAAUUCCUGAGGUAACCAAGGCACUACAUCUCCAUACUCUUUGA